AACCACGAUUCCAUUAGCAGUUAAACCAUAAUUAAAAUGGAGACGUACGUUGCAUUUCAUUUGUGUUGGCUUCUGUUUUCAAUGUUGAUACAAAAUGGCUUUGCCCAUCCAAAUUUCACGCAAUUCAUUCCACACGGACAGCAUGUGCCGGACCCAUGUACAGCUGGUCAAUUUUGGCAAAGUGUUGGACAUACCUCACAUGAGAAAAUAAUUAUGAGCGCGAACGAUAAAGCAAAGUCAUGGAACCCUUUUGGUGCGGACUUCAAAAAGGAAAAAGAAAAUGGAACUACACUAGAACAUAUUUGGGCUAAUCUGUGCUGGAUAGACUCGGACGGAGACGGACGCACAAACGGCGUAGAGCUCGAAGACCCAACUUGCACGUGGACAUAUGCUUCGGCAAACCCCGGGAAUGCCUCAAAACUUACACAUCCAGGAAUUCCGGAGGUGAAAGAUGGGACUGGAUGGAAACUGUCUCCUGCUACAAAAGAAAAAUAUUGCCCUGCAUAAAUUACGCAUGGGACAGUGAAAAAACUCUUGUGGAUUUUUAAAUUGCCUUUGGGGCGAACAGUUUUAAGAUAAUUUAAUAAAUGAUAUUUUAUCAUUUUGAGUUAAUACCACUUUACUGUUCAAAACCUAUUGCUCCUACAAAAUAAUAUUGGAAAUAACAAAUGAGUUAAAACUUAAAAUUGCAUUUUUUUUUAGAUAUAUUUAUUAAAAUAUAUAUGAUUUUGCAUCAACCAAUAGGGUGCCCUUCAAAUGCACUUUUUUUAAAAAGAAAUCUGUCGUUACUAUCGGUGUUCACUAUCGGAGAAAAUCUUACCGCUUUCCUUAACCUGUGCAUCACAAUAACAAAGGCUUUGUCUGCUCUAGUGCCAACGUUCUAAGUUUUUUUAAAGCUUCACAGCUAAAUCGUUUUUACAACUUUUUAAUUUUUUGUUUUGAAAGAGCAAAUUUUUGCGUAAAUAUAUGCAAACCAAUGAUAAAAUACUGCUGACAAAAGAUCAGAUCGCAGAUUUUCAUAUUUCCGUUCGAAAAAUAAUAACGGUUUAAGAAAAAAUUCAUGAAAUAUCAAUUUUUGAACUUAACUUUAAAUAUCUGCGAUCUAAUAUUUUGUCAGCAGUCUUAUAUAACUCGUUACCAUGCAUUUUCGCAAAAAAUGGCUCGUUCCAAGACAAAAAAUAAAAAGUUGCCAAUACGUUCAAUCUGUGAGACUGCAGCUUUAUGCUAUGUUUUAUUCUUUUGAUUUCAGUUAAUAUUUUCUAUGGUUUAAAUAUAUUUGCUUUGAAUCUACUCUUGUUUUAUUAUUAAUAAAGAUGAAUGCGGACAUGGGUUUGUAUUAACAUUAUUUUCUUUAUGGAAUGAAUUCAUGAUUUAAGACUUGUUACAUGAUAGCUUUUUCAUCUAAGGGUUAUCUGCCCUAAUGAGUUAAAUAUCAAGGCACUGCCGAAAUGCUUAUCAGUUCUUGUUUAGAGAUCAUAAAAACAUGUCGCAAUAAAUAGUUAGAGCACA